AUUAGACGACGCGCGGUGCUUGUGAUUUGUCCGAACUUGAGCUAGAGCAACUACGUGGUCAGGUAUCUACUCAGUCUCAGUCAUUUCUUGACCUUGGUAGUUUGUUUUUGCGGCCAAAUAGUUGGUUUUCAGAACAAAUGUUGUCCUCCGGUCCUCCCAGCGCGGGCAACGCGAUUUCCGAGCUUUUUGCGGCCGCGGCGAAUCUUCCCACCACCAAAGACCCAGCAGCGGAGCAGAGACAUGGCAACUUGGACGACGAGCUCACCCCCGAACAGCGCGAGGCCCGAGCCAAAGACCCGUUGUUUGAUAACACCGUUCCCGAGGCGAUCCGCUGCGGCGCACAGUGGGCCGAGGACGACGAGAAGAAGUUUGUGGACGAUGACCGCGAGCUAUCCACAGAAAAAAAUCCAUUCGCAUCCAUUUUUUGCAUGACAAACACAGAAAUUUAUUGUUGUCUGUUGUCUCUCGGUAGAAAUCGUUGUCGCUCGGUAGAAAUCGCGUUGUCUCUCGGAGUCUCUCGGUAGAAAUCGUUGUCUCUCGGAGUUUCUGUUGUUGUCUCUCGGUAGAAAUCGCGUUGUUCAAGUUUAUGUUUUAGAGUUUACCUGACCCUUUCGGUCGUCACCACUCCGCCGGUAUUCGUGCUUGCGCGGUACCUCACGAUUUCCGCCGGUAUUCGUGCUUGCGCGGUGCCACACCUGAAGGACCUGAAGGUUUCAAGUUUGUAGCUUUGGUUUACAAAGGGACGCCCUGCCCUUAGUUUCCCAACAUGACAAACACAGCAAUUUAUGUAGGUUCUGCAUGACAAAUUGGAUGUUUUUUCGUUUUCCCUGGAUACGAGCGCUCCAGUUUCGGACGGUCGAUCUUCUACGCCGAAGUGGAUUACACGGACGAAGCGGACAAGGAAACCUAUGGUAUAACCGAUCAAGUAAAGAAGUUGACCAUCACGGACUCCUUCAAAAACAAGUUUGAGGUGAAACCCUACUCCACAAACGUGUCCCUCGCGCCGGCCGCUUCUUCGUCGUCCACCGUGCAGGAGCAAAUGCCACCCAGCACGGCGCACGAGCCCUUUUUCCACGCCAAGCAAAACAAGUCCAGCCCGAAGAAAACGCAGGCGCCAGAACUGCUGUGGACCUUGACGUGGACGCCGGGCGCCAUUGACAAGUACCAAACAGCGACAAUAAAGUCACACGGCCGUUUUCCAGGCAAGAACCUGCAGAAUCGGACGAUACGAAACCUGUCGCAGUCACUACCGUCCAAGCAGCAAAAAGUGUUGCGAAAGGAAGACUUUGAAAUCGUACUGAGAUCAUUUUACACAAGGACGGUGACGGAUUUUUCACAUACAACAAAAUUGGUUUUUCGUAAUCAAAUAGAUCCUGUGCCUGUCCGUCAUGGAAAGAUACCUUUGUUUUCAAAAUUAAGAGUAUGUACAUGUAAGCUUUCUCGCUCUCACACUCACUACAAAUUAACGCAUAACCUUGAUCAACAAAUGCUACAUCAGGUACGGCAUGCCUUUUCCGCGACCGUGGGCACCGAGAUUGGUAUGAUCGGAGAAAAAUUUAGACUCUGUGUCAGGCUCGUCGAUGCACGUUCACAUUCCUUCGUGGUUGCGUCCUGGGACUGGCAUCCGAUAAUAUGCUUAUGACAAAAUAGACAUAGAUAUCAUGUAUGAACCAAAGCAGGUACUUAUUCUACCGAGUCAGGAUUUUCCCCCAAGUGCAUAUCCGAGCGCAAGGACGUGGACCCCGGGACAGAUGCGUUUGCGGGAAAGAUCAUGGUGAAUGUGACAGAAACCGGUGGCUUUUCUGACAAAGCAGUCAUGUUGGACGAGCUGAGUGAAUCCGCAACCAAGUUGAUAAUGCUUUUAACAAAAAUGGUAGAGGCUGCUUGACAUUCAGCUUUGAACCAUAUCUCACAUGGCGCUACCUGUCUUU